AUGUCUGUCAGACUCGCUACCAAAAGGCUCAUGAAGGAACUGGGGGAUAUCAAUACGAAGGGGACGCCUCCUGGUAUAGCCCUGCUGAGCGCGGACAGUAUGGAAGAGUGGAUCUUUACAAUAGCUGUACUCGGAGACGAGACAGUCUACAGAGGCGAAGUGUUUGCUUUGCGAAUCAAAUUUGAGGAUAGAUACCCUAUAGAAGUUCCUCAGGUCACUUUUAUUGCGGACAAUGAGUGGACCCCGCCUGUGCAUCCCCAUAUCUAUACGAACGGGCACAUAUGCGCUUCUAUAUUAGGUCACGAGUGGUCCCCAGUCCUCAACGCCAUCUCUAUUUGCAUCACCAUGCAAUCCAUGCUGGCUUCAUGUAAGAAGAAGGAGUUACCGGAAGGAAACGAUCGCUACGUCCGCUCGGCACCUUCAAACCCCAAGAAAACGAGGUGGCACUACGACGACGAUGUGAGUCUCUUCUCCUACGCUUUUUCAUCGGACUGA